AGCUGUACAGCUACACCGAGGAGCCCGAGCUGAGCCACAACAGGAGAUGCUUCGAGGAGGAUUUUCACACUCAAGUGCCGGACAGGAGGUGGCUGGAGCUGGACAGGGCUCAGCAGAAGGCCUAUGUCAUGCACCUGCUGGACGGGCUGGAGGUGGUCAACAGGGACAAGAGGCUGCGAGUGGCACGGGCCAUCCUGUACCUGGCACAGGGUGUCUUUGGGGACUGUGACAAUGAAGGUGAUGUCCUGCACUGGUCUCGGCACAACAGCUUCCUCCUGUACCAGCUGGGAACCUUCUCUGCCUUCCUGGAGCUCCUCAACAUGGAGAUUGAGAACAGCCAGGCGUGCAGCAGCGCCCUGCGGAAGCCGGCGAUCUCCCUGGCCGACAGCACGGAGCUCAGGGUCCUGCUCAGUGUCAUGUACCUGAUGGUGGAGAACAUCCGCGUGGAGCAGGAGACGGAUCCCCCCGAGUGGAAAAGCUGCCGGGAGACCUUCAGGAUGGAGCUGAGUUUCCCUGUGCACACUGAGGAGCCCUUUGCUCUGCUGCUCUUCACCAUGGUCACCAAGUUCUGCAGCGGCCACGCUCCACACUUCCCCAUGAAGAAGGUCCUGCUCCUGCUCUGGAAGGUGCUCCUGCCCCUGAUGAAGCAGGACAGCUUGGAUAUCUACAACGAGAGAGACCCCUUCAAGAGCGACGAGGGAGGGGCUGAUGAGGAGGAGAACGACGAUGUGGACGGCGGGAUGGAGGGGGAGCUGGAGCUGGUGGAGCGGGACGCGCUCAUCCCCGCCCUGCCGGCGCAGCGCCUGCCCCUCGAGAGGGUGUCCUUCCCCAAGGGGCUGCCCUGGGCCCCCAAAGUCAGACAGAAAGACAUCGAGCAUUUCCUGGAAGCAAGCAGGAACAAAUUCAUCGGCUUCACGCUGGGACAGGACACUGAAACCCUGAUAGGGCUCCCACGGCCGAUCCAUGAAAGUGUGAAGACCCUGAAGCAGCACAAGUACGUUUCCAUCUCGGAUGUCCAGAUCAAGAACGAGGAGGAGCUGGAGAAGUGCCCCAUGUCUCUGGGGGAAGAGGAAGUGCAAGAAACCCCUUGUGAGGUGUUGUAUCGAGCAAUGUUGUACAAUCUCCCCCAGUACAUGAUCGCUUUGCUGAAGAUCCUGCUGGCUGCUGCACCCACCUCCAAGGCCAAGACUGACUCCAUCAACAUCCUGGCAGACGUGUUGCCUGAAGAGAUGCCCAUCACCGUGCUGCAGAGCAUGAAGCUGGGCAUCGACGUGAACAGGCACAAGGAGAUCAUCGUCAAGAGCAUCUCGGCGCUGCUGCUGCUGCUCCUCAAGCACUUCAAGCUGAACCACAUCUACCAGUUUGAGUACGUGUCCCAACACCUGGUGUUUGCCAACUGCAUCCCGCUGAUCCUGAAAUUCUUCAACCAGAACAUCAUGUCUUACAUCGCUGCCAAAAACAGCAUCUCUGUCCUGGAUUAUCCCCACUGCACGGUCUGUGACUUGCCUGAGCUCACAGCAGAAAGCCUGGAAGCUGGAGACAACAACCAGUUCUGCUGGAGGAAUUUGUUCUCCUGCAUUAACUUGCUGAGGAUCCUCAACAAGCUGACCAAGUGGAAACACUCGAGGACAAUGGUAAGGGGGUGUCCCCUCCCCUGGGACCCUCCAGCGUUUCACCUGCAGCAUCUCCCUGGCUCUGCACAGCGGGUUCAGCCUGGCCUGGUGCUCAGGGCUCCUUGUGGAACUGCUGGAGCUUCUGCUCUUCAUCAUCUUCCCUUUCGUCUUCCACAGAUUGAGCCUUGAAUGCAGAAAUACUUU